AUUUAUAUACCUUUAUACAAAUUUCCUUAGAAAAAGUAAAUAUGACGCUCUCUCCAAAAGAGCUGACAUCUAUCCUUAGCAUUUUAUCGGAAGAAGCAGUGUCUGGUUCUUCAUCGUUUGAAGUUAUCUCAAAUGCUUUGCAUCAUUAUUUUGGACCAAAUGACUACUUCAGAGUUGGCACUACUUUGCUAAUGAUGUUUCAGCAACCUGACUUACUCCCAGAUCCAAACCAACGAGUCAGCGUCUUGUUUCUUCUUUUUGAAAUGUAUCGCAGUCAGCCGGUGGUGAAGAAUCCAUUUGCUCCAUUAUUUGUUCAUGUGUUGUCUGACAAUCCAAAUAAGAACCCAGUGAUGGAAAUUUCAAAACAAGAGAAAGUCUUUUUGUAUCAGUUGGUAACCUCACCUGCUUUAACGAGAGAGUUGUUAAAGAAAACACCUCGCCAAGUGCUUUCUGCUGAGAUCCCCUCAACUGUCAGUAUUGAUGUUAACGGCUUGGAAAUGUCGUUAAAAGAAAGGCAAAAAGAUUUGCCUCAAGUAAGCAGAUCAGGCAUUAGUCCAGUUAUACCUGACCCUGAUCUAGAUGGCAAUGGAAGUGUAAAUCUUCAAGCUGCACACCAAGUAAUUGAAGCUCUAAUCUGCAAUGCUCCUAAGCCUCAACUAGAGCAACCCUUCCAACCACCGCUUGUAAGUCUUGCUCCACCAUUACAUAAACCUGAGCAUGGUGAGGUUGUGUGGAUGAACCCACUGGAAAAGAACUAUUCAAUCGAAUGGGAUGAAAUGAUGUGCAGUGAAAAUUCUUUAGAAGUUGAAGUACGCCAGCUAAUGGCAAAAGCAUUCAAAGGUGCAUUAUCUUUGCCACAACAACAGCAAUUGUUAGUUGCACUUGAGAAAGACAGCAAACUUGUGUAUCAUGUUGGACUCACUCCCAGUAAACUUCCGGACCUCGUCGAGAAUAAUCCUCUGGUCGCCAUUGAAGUCCUUCUCAAGAUGAUGCAAUCGACGCAAAUAACAGAAUACUUCUCUGUGCUUGUUAACAUGGAGAUGUCGUUACAUUCCAUGGAAGUCGUCAACAGAUUAACGACAGCUGUCGAUUUACCGCGAGAAUUCAUCCACUUCUACAUCUCGAACUGCAUCAGUAAAUGUGAAACGAUAAAAGACAAAUACAUGCAAAGUCGUUUGGUUAGAUUGGUGUGCGUUUUUCUUCAGUCAUUGAUACGAAACAAAAGCAUAAACAUACAAGAUAUAGCCAUCGAAGUCAAAGCUUUUUGCAUCGAAUUUAGUAACAUACGAGAAGCCGCAAGUUUGUUUCGCCUUUUACGAUCUGUUGAAAGUAACGACGGAAGUGACGGUAUGACGGCGAAAGCUGGUGGCAGUAACAACACUAGUCCAACUGGAAGUAAGCCCUGAUGUGGUCUCGUUGGAUUCCUUGUACUGUGUUAUUGCAAAGUGACGUGACAGAAGCACCGCUAUUUGGUUUUGUUUUCAAGUUUUGUUUAAAGAAGAUCUAAAGUGCCAUUAAAAUCAAUGGUGGAGAUGGUAGAUUGAUUUCGUUGGAAACAAACAGGCUAUCCGAGAAAAAUAAAAAGACUAGAAAUAUGAAAUUGAAUCUUUUGUGGACGAAUGUUUGUAUGUAUAGAAAACUAAAACUAAAGAGCUUUUUGAAUACCUUAAAA